UAGUACUACUAGUGGCGGUGGUGGUGGUGGUGGUCAAGGCCCUUCGCUCCUCCCUCUCUCGCCCCCACACCCGCUCGUCGUCGUCGUCCGAGCUCCACGCCCCCACCAACCCACUCGCUCGCCGCUGGCCCUGCCGCGGUUGUGAAGGGGCGGGUGGAAAGCGGGGCGGCAGCAACAGUGGCUUACAAAAGGCGGAGGCCCCCCCUCCCCCUUUCCCUACAGGGUAGCAGUCGCCGUCGGGGACGGAGCGCCCGCGCCCGCGUCCGCAUUUGCUCGACCCGGCCUCUCCGGUCGCCGUCCUCGGCCAGGUAAGGCAUGGCCGGCUCAGGAGGGUUCUCGUAUGCGGCGAUCCUGCUUGCUUUGUGCAUUCUCCAUGUGGACGUCGUAAGGGGACAAGUCACCCACCCUACUGAAGUAAGUGCCCUCAAGGCUAUCAAAGGCAAGUUAAUUGAUCCUAUGAACAACCUUAGGAAAUGGAAUAGAGGAGAUCCAUGCACGUCAAAUUGGACAGGAGUCAUCUGCCACAAGAUACCCAACGAUACGUAUCUUCAUGUAACAGAGCUGGAGUUGUUUAAGAUGAAUCUUUCUGGAACUUUGGCACCAGAGGUUGGUCUUCUGUCUCAGCUGAACAAGUUGGAUUUUAUGUGGAACAAUUUGACUGGUAACAUACCGAAAGAGAUAGGCAAUAUCCCAACACUCACUCUUAUAACUUUGAAUGGUAAUCAACUAUCUGGUUCUCUACCAGAUGAGAUUGGCUAUCUCCAGAAAUUAAACAGAUUACAGAUUGACCAAAAUCAGAUAUCUGGACCCAUACCUAAAUCGUUUGGUAAUUUAACAAGCAUGAAGCAUUUUCACAUGAACAAUAAUUCAUUAAGUGGGAAAAUUCCAUCUGAGUUGUCCAGAUUGCCUGUGCUCCUUCAUCUGCUUGUGGAUACCAAUAACUUAUCUGGACCUCUUCCUCCAGAAUUAGCGGAGACACGUAGUUUGAAAAUACUUCAGGCUGAUAAUAAUAACUUCAGUGGAAGUUCCAUCCCUGCUGCAUACAACAACAUACGGACACUGUUAAAGCUGAGUCUUAGGAAUUGCAGUUUGCAAGGAGUUAUUCCUGAUCUAAGUGGAAUACCUGACCUUGGCUAUUUGGAUCUUAGUUGGAACCAACUGACAGGAUCUAUACCAACCAAUAGACUCGCUUCAAAUAUCACCACGAUUGAUUUAUCACAUAACUCUCUUAAUGGAACUAUUCCGGCAAACUACUCUGGGCUGCCUAAUCUUCAGUUCUUGUCAUUUGAAGCGAACAAUCUAAGCGGCGCUGUUCCAGCGACAAUCUGGAGUGGUAUCGCUUUUACGGGAAACAGAAGCCUUGUUCUGGACUUCCAAAACAACUCCCUUGACACUAUUCCGGCUGCAUUUGAGCCUCCAAAAGCUGUCACUCUACUGCUUUCUGGAAACCUCGUAUGUGUCACUUCUAAUCCAGCUCGAGCAGCCGGACUUUGUCAACCCACAUCUGUAAACGAAGCACCAUCUGGACAUGGACCACAAGUUAGUUUGAACUGUGCUCCUUGCCCGACGGAUAGAAAUUAUGAAUACAGUCCAUCAUCCCCUAUACCUUGUUUCUGUGCUGUGCCCCUGGGAGUUGGAUUUCGGCUGAAGAGUCCAGGGAUCGCAGACUUCCGCUCCUACAAAGAAGCCUUUGAGAUCGACUCGACCUCUGUAUUGGACCUGAGUAUUUACCAGCUAUACAUUGAGCAGUACACAUGGGAGGCCGGGCCAAGGCUGAAUAUGAAUUUGAAGUUGUUUCCAAAUAACACUAAUUUAUUCACGAUAUCGGAAGUUAUGCGGCUCAGGCAAUUACUCGCUGGAUGGGAAAUUACUCUAUCAGACACUUUUGGUCCGUACGAGCUUCUCAAUUUCACGCUUGGUUCCUAUGCAUAUGAUUUUCCAACUGUGGUGUCAUCAGGUUUAAACAAGGGCGCACUAGCUGGGAUUUUGGCAGGAACAAUAAUUGCUGCUAUCGCAGUUUCAGUGGUUUCUACACUUUUUAUAGUGAGAAGACGCUCAAAACGUCGAACAGUUUCAAGGCGCUCAUUACUGUCGAGGUAUUCCGUCAAGAUUGAUGGUGUGAGAUCUUUCACAUUUGAAGAAAUGGCUACAGCAACAAAUGAUUUCGAUGAUUCAGCUGAAAUUGGUCAGGGAGGUUAUGGAAAAGUCUAUAAAGGAAAACUAGCUGAUGGAACAGCCGUUGCAAUCAAACGAGCACAUGAAGAUUCUCUGCAAGGUUCAAAGGAAUUUGUCACGGAAAUAGAAUUGCUGUCAAGAUUGCAUCAUCGUAAUUUGGUAUCUCUGAUUGGCUAUUGUGAUGAAGAAGAUGAGCAGAUGCUUGUGUAUGAAUUCAUGCCAAAUGGCACUCUACGUGAUCAUCUUUCUGCAACUUGUAAAAUACCUCUUAGCUUUGCUCAGAGGUUGCAUGUUGCACUGGGUGCUGCAAAGGGAAUCCUCUAUCUACACACCGAGGCAGAUCCUCCUAUAUUUCACCGUGAUGUUAAGGCCACCAACAUUCUAUUGGACUCCAAGUUCGUAGCAAAGGUGGCUGACUUUGGUCUUUCAAGGCUUGCUCCGGUCCCGGAUAUUGAAGGAAAAUUGCCAGCUCAUAUAUCCACUGUUGUUAAGGGCACCCCGGGCUAUCUUGAUCCAGAAUACUUCUUAACCCACAAAUUGACAGAAAAAAGCGAUGUGUAUAGCCUUGGUGUUGUGCUGCUCGAACUAUUGACCGGGAUGAAGCCAAUCCAGUUCGGUAAAAACAUCGUUAGAGAGGUGAACACGGCUUACCGCUCCGGAGACAUUUCUGGAAUCAUCGACAGCCGAAUGACCUGGUGCCCCCCGGAAUUCGCCAUGAGGUUCCUCUCCCUGGGCCUGAAAUGCUGCCAGGACGACACCGACGCGAGGCCUUACAUGGCUGAAAUUGCCAGAGAACUCGAUGCCAUCCGGAGCGAUUUGCCCGAGGGAGAAGAUAUCAUGUCGGUAACCUCCAUGGAGAUAAGCUCCUCAGGCACGCUGACCCAAUCUACGUCGAACUCCUUGAUAACGACCACCGGGGAGCAUUUCGAUAUAUCGCAUGCCUCCAGCAGCGGCGUCCCUUCAAGGAUGGCCAUGAAUCCUCGCUAGCGUCGCCGCGCCGAUGUUCUUCGCAUUGUAAAUGGGUGUGGACAGUAGGCAAUAGCUUUGUAGAAUUACCGCUGGUCCGGCCUGCCCGUCGGUUUCUUCGUCUGUAUAUGAAAUGGUCGUUUUUGUUGUUGAUGAUGUGUGUUUGAAGAUCAGGGGGUUAACUUAUUGUAGGAGGUGUAUUUGGUAGACACUAUUGACGAGUGCAAAUGAUGAAUGCUAACUAAUUCUUUUCAGCUAAGAUCAUAUAUUGGCUGGAAA